CAAUGAUGAAGAGUUUGGUGGUCGCCCUGCUGUUGGCUGUUUCAGGAUCCGUGGCGCAGUAUCCGCGGUACGAAGAGGUUGUGCGUAACCCCAAGGACCCCGACUUACUCUACGGCUCCAAGUCAGGACCUCACAACGAGACGUGGUAUUUCAAGAAUUCUGGAUUCAACCUGACGUCCAUCGUUAUUCCGUCGCAAGUCAACGUCUGCAGUCCAGGCACAUCGACCAAUGUAACGUACGAGGAAGCGGUUGAUCUUUUCCUGUACGAGACGAAACUCGACAGCACUACGUCCAGGGUGCAGACGUACUUGAAAGCGUCCGGUUCCUUCAGUGGCAUUGUCAGCUACGGGCAGGAGCUGGACAUCCCGCUGUGGAAUGCAACGAUCAACGGCGCACCGCUUAUCCACUCUUACAUCUCCGACGUCCACGGUCACAAGUACACUCUCAAAAUCGUGUUCAAGACGUCCGGCAUUUACCCGUGGUACACAACAAGGAUCCUCUCCACCUUUUCCCCCAUCCAUACAUUGACGAACGGAGUUGGAAUUGCUAUCGGACUGUCGUACAUUAUUCCUUAAGAGGUUGUGCCACAUCAUCCCACCAGCCGGCCGCGGUGGCUAGGCGGUUCUAGGCGCUCCAGUCCGGAACCGUGCUGCUGCAGGUUCGAAUCCUGCCUCGGGCAUGGAUGUGGGUGAUGUCCUUAGGUUUAAGCAGUUCUAAGUCUAGGGGACUGAUGACCUCAGAUGUUGAGUCCCAUAGUGCUCAGAGCCAUUCAGCCCACCGCCGUUGUUUGAAAGGAGACUCUUCCCUCGUGCUGGCUUGAAGACUUCGUAUUUCGUGCUGUUGCUGUGGUUCAUGCUUCAGACAAUAUGGCAGCUGACUCGCUGCUCAAAGAAAACGGCCGUAAAACGUUUGCUGUCUAGGUUUGCAUCUCAGCUAAAAUUUAUCAGAAAUAUUUGCUAAUACAAUGACACUAAGAUGAGGACACAAAAAAGCAAACAUUGUUCGACCGUUUUCUCUGAGCAGCGAGUCAGCUGACCGUAUUGUUUCAAGUAGGAAACUCAAAGUGAACUUCAUUUGGAAUAUGAAGUUAUGUUGUUAGAUUUCAUCGCUAGUUAUAUUACGUAUUGCACUAAAAACUUGUUUCGAAAAAUUCUAAUUUUAUGGUAGAAGAGUCAAUCAACAGGAAGGUGCUUCGAAGUGAAGAAUAAGCACACAACCAGUUACAACAAAGGUGUUUGCUGAAUAUGAUAGUACGUACACUUCACUAUACUUCUACAAUGGAUCCUAAACAUCAACAAACUGCCCGUGAAAGCUGCAGUCGUUGCUGAGAUAUUUGCGUGGGUUGGAGCCAUAUUCAUUACACCGUCGUAACAAAAAUUUGCCUCUUUUAAGUACAAGCGGAGUGUGACAACUAUUUAUUUACAACGGCUUUAGACUCACGACAAACCUGCCAUCUAAUUAAAUCUAUAGUGAAUGGUAAAAUAAUACGAAAUUUCAUAUAAUAAAUACGACUGAAGCGAAUAAUCUGCAAUUGCUACUUCGCAACAUGUUGAGGUAAACUGUGAUACGCAUUCAUCAGGAAGGAUUUAGACGAUACUUACAGAUGAGGUGCUGAACGGGUGUCUCUUUAUGUUUCUACAAAUGCUAGAUAGCCGUAAACAAGUGAAAAUUCGAUAGUAUACCGACUUUGGAAUGAUCUAUAUGGCAAUAUCAGAUAAAUUAAUUACAGCUGCAGCUUAAAAAGACAGCUAAUGACCUAACCAUUACAACCAAGUACCCUCCUUUUUCAAAGUUCCUAGCUGGGGCAGCCUACCUGAACUUCCUGUUCUUAGAGCUCAUUACGUCCUGCUGUUCAGUUUUGUAUUCUUACUGAUGAUUGCUGUUGUACAUUCUCUUCUAACCACUAGUAUUAUUACUUUUUUUUACUGUUGGUAGUAGUAUUGGUAUAUAUUAUUAAUUUCAAGACUGUACAGAUAACUCAAAAUGGCCUUAGAUACACGCAGAACCAUCCUUCCACCUCUGUGAUUACCGUUAUUAUUAAUAAUAUUAUUAUUUAUAACAUUUUAAUUAUUAUUAUCAUUGAACUAUCAUAAAAUGUACUAUAUGUGAAAUCCUAGUCUGAUAAAUAGAAAAAUUUUAUGAGAUUAGCGUUUCGAUACCGUUACAUUCCUUAAAUGCAUGAAACUAAAUGAAAUUGAAGGGACACAUGAAAUCAGGGAAGAGCUGUGAAAGAUAUUGAAGGUGUGUAUUGCGAUUCUGGCACCUAUACACAUACCAGUUCUAGAAUAGGCUGCUGUUCCAGUGUUUGAGAUACUUAUGAGAUAUGGCAUAUAAGACACUGCAUAUCAUGAUUAAAACAAUGAACUUGAAAGAGAAGACAUGUCAUUUCGAAAAUCUUGUACACAUUUUCUCUGCGUUAUUCACAACAGCUAUUUGUUGUGUAAUAGGGGAGCAGUGCCUUGCUUUAUCUUUGAUCUCUGAAUAGAGCUAACAUAAUAACAAGGUUGUUUCUUCACUGUUUUCAGACGUAAUGGAGUUUCAUUACGCUCUACAUUGUUUCUUCUAUUUGGACGAAGGUGCCUUCUAUCACUAAUACGUGUCAUCUCCGAUUCUUCAAAUGUGUUUACUGCGGUCGUCCUCAGACACUGCCACAACAAUCAUCACCGAUGAUUUUCCCGAUAUAUGUGAAAAACAUAUGCAAUACCUGCACAAACAACACGUAAACUCAGUGGUAAGUAUUACAACUCCUAAAUAAGAUCAGAACCAAUAACGAUAUCUAGGCGUUUCUGAGAAACUAAACUACUCUUGGAAAGAUAUUUCCUCUUCUAUUUCUGCUAUUUUAUAAUCUGAUGUUCAUUUGAAUAUUACAUUUCAUGCAUCAACGGCAUAUCUAAAUUUGACUGGAAAUGUUCCUCUUUCCUUUGUUUACUAAACAGCAGUCAGUCUCCAUGUCUAACGUUAGCACUAUGUUUGCGCUUGUCACAUUAAUUGUUAUUAUUCGUUCGAACUGUAUGGGCACCUGUCUUGCAUACCCUUUAGAUUUGCCCUAAAAUGUUAAUUUCGCUGAACCUUUGACCAGCACAUCGCUCGACAUGUUGUCAGUAAACAAAAUCGUCGGCCUUCCCAUUUUGGAGCAAUGGAUAACCACUGAUCUACACUCAAUAGUGUUCAAGUAAUUCAUUUAGUUUUGCAAAUUUCUUAAUACAGUCCUUGGGAGUUUUCCUUACUGCUUGCCGUAUCCUAGCUUGAAACGUUUCAUGAUCUUGGACAUUAAAACAGAUUUUUGCCUUCCAGUCCUUAUCCUACUUUGCAAGGAGAAUAGCUUGGUAAAGACUUCUUCUCAAAGACUUCGAUCCUAGCGAGCCUCUGUCGCUCAACAUUCACGUUUGAGAAGCGACAAUCGGAGAAAUUUAAACAACAAUGGUUAUCUGAUAAGGGCGACAGAUUUAAAUGCAAAGGUCGGUAACAACACAUGGCAAAUGUUAUUGGUUCUGAAAGGGAAAUAAAUGUGUCAUUAAUCAUAAUGAAUAUAAACAGAAGUGAUUCUUAUUAAAUAAUGAGUUAAGGCUAACGAACAUUUUCUUCAGGCAUAAAAAGAUCCACAGAUACACCUGGGCAGCUAUAGGUUCUGCCAAAACUGUAUGCUACGUGAUAUAAAAUAAGAAGACUUGAUUUCUGAUGCAAGACACAGAAGUAUUCAGAGAUCCAGAUGUUCUUUAGACCAUGUCUCUUUAGUCUGAAGAAUAAAACUGCUUAAAUUAUGGAAUACAACUUCUAAACAGAAACAAAAUAAUGAUAAUACAACAAGGAAAGUGCAUCCGAAUCGAGAAGAGAGCAUCCAAUUAUUAUAUAUUAGUUAAAAUUGAGAAGUACAUAAGUUUAAAUUUAAAAGUGGAUAAUAUCAAACAGGAACGGAAUAAUAUAAAUGAAGCACUAAUUAAUGCAGCAAAGAAAGAAAAGUGUUUCCAAAAGUGAUCUGAGACUAAAUUAUAAAAGAAUAUCAGCUCUAGCAGAAACGAAAGUCAGUUAAGCUAAAAACAAUAGUUGGGAAAAUGUAUGUUACAGAUAUCGAACAUUAUGUAACGGGAAGACAAAAGAAAGCGUACAAAAUAAUGAAACAUUUAAACAAAGAUAAGGACAAUCUAUAAAUAAACACAAUAUCUGAAACUAGUUGGUAACAAUACUGUAGGAGUCUGGACAAAAGUUCAAGACAGUCAGAGGUUUCUGGUUGAAGCAGAGAGGAACUAUAGGAUGCAUUAAAUUGUAGGAGGAAUGGGAAGCCACCAGGAUAUGCUAAAAUCAAUUUGGAACUGAUGAAAUAUGCACCAAAUAUUUGAAAAAUAUUGAUACCCAGUUUUUUCGUAAGAAGUACUUUAUGCUAAUUGCAUAAUGUAGUUCUUUAAAUGAAAUAAACGUAUUAUCAGACUAUUAUUAAUAAACAUCGUCACUGGAGUUCGCUACAAUGCACAGUGUUAAUAUAUCACUGACUAGGAUUGAACUCCCGAGGCUCCUCCGGUAAAGUAAACUACGUCUUUCGACAAGCAAUUAAUUAUUAGCAUGACAUGUUUACAAUACUCAAUUUUAUCAGUGACUGAAAAAGUGGUUAUAUACCCGAAUAGUGGAAUAUGGGCCAGAUUUACCAGAAAGGAAAUAGUUAAGAACGUUAGAACUAAAGCGUUAUUGGCCUGCGAAAUACAUGUUAGAAAUCGUAUGCUAAUUUUAACAAAACGCUGUCAUCAGAUGCUUAUCUUUAUUAUCACUAAGGAACAUCAUUCGCUCACCAUAUAUUCACUAUGACUCAAUUGGAAAUUGAAAUGCCUCUUGACAGAGCGUAGGAAACGAUGCGGGAGGCCCGCACCGCCGUACCGGGCAAGGUCCUACUGGACGUGGUUUGCCGUUGCCUUCCUCCGACCGUAACGGGGAUGAAUGAUGAUGACGAAGAAAAAAGGUGAAAAUCCCUGACCCCGCUGGGAAUGAAGCCCGGAAA